AUGAUUUCUUUGGUGGGUUCAGUCUCCGGCAGGAUGCCGAUCACACAGAACUCAUACGUGGUUCAUCUUCUAUUCACACCUCUAAGGCGAAAGCCAUGCAGAGGGAAGAAUGCGAACGAAGAUUCCCACCACAGCAUCAGGAUGGUCCAACCCGGAAAAGAGUACCUCAUGGAUCCUCUUCCAAUAUUCAGCGAUCCUAAUUACAAGCCCUCUAACAAACUUGAAGGAAAGGUGGCUUUGGUGAUAGGAGGGGAUUCGGGUAUUGGGAGGGCUGUUUGCUACUCUUUUGCUAAGGAGGGUGCAACUAUAGCAUUCACUUAUGUGAAAGGUGCCGAAGACAUAGAUGCGAAGUAUACUUUAGAGAUCAUAAAUGAUUCAAAAAUGAGUGAUGCAGGUGAUCCAAUUGCAAUUCCUACUGAUGUAAGGUAUGACAAGAAUUGUAAGGAUGUUGUUGAUAAGGUGGUUGGGACAUAUGGACGAAUUGAUGUCCUGGUGAACAACGCAGCUGUGCAGUAUGAAACAUAUACAUUAGAUGAUAUCACGGAAGAGAGGCUUGAAAGGAUAUUUAGAACUAAUAUAUUCUCCCAUUUCUUCAUGACAAGGCAUGCUGUGAAGCACAUGAAACCAGGAAGCAGCAUCAUAAACACCGCUUCAGUGUUAUGAUUCUCGGGAAGUCCAAAACUCAUUGAUUACGCGUCAACAAAGGGAGCCAUUGUGAACUUCACCAAGAGUCUAGCAAUAUUCCUGGUUGACAAAGGGAUUCGUGUUAAUGGUGUGGCCCCAGGCCCUAUUUGGACCCCACUUGAAGCUGCAUCACUCAAUGACGAUGAUAUUGCAACGUUUGGGUCACAGGUGCCCAUGAACAGGGCAGCUCAACCUGUAGAGAUUGCUCCAUCAUAUGUGUUUCUCGCGUCCAAGGACUCUUCGUACUAUACUGGCACAUUUCUUCAUCCUGAUGGUGGAGAACUCGACAAUGCUAUUCCCAGUGUCAACAACAACAAUACAGUAAACCCAUAACACAAAUUGGAUAACGGGAAGUUAGAUGUUGACAACCUUACCUUUACCGGAGGGUAGAUAGUCUACUGCCAUCAAUGCUAGACACAUAUGAAAAUGGAGUGAAGUAUAAUAUAGUUUGUUCAUAAUUACGUUAUGUGUACUUGAAAUAAAUUGUUGUUGUAAAAUCGUAUGUUAUGGAACGUCAAACAUGCAGUUCUCCUUACCCUUACCGAGUU